CGUGCGGGCUUCAGUCUCUGCCGUCCGUACUCUCGCGAGAGAGGCAGUGGGCGUGGAGGGGCGGAGGCGUUGCCGCCUUCGUGGGUCGCUGGCCUGUAGCGGGUCCCGGCGCUGGGACUGGAGGAUGUGGCGAGCGCUCGCUCGUGAGCGGCCGGCCGGCUGGAGCCCCGACGCCGCCGUCUGACACUCGGCCCGGCACGCGAAUGGUGCGGGCGCCGCCCGGGUGCUGAGCGCUCCCCGCUCGCCAUGUCGCGGGGGCGCCCCUACCCUCACCUGCUGUGGGACGUGAGGAGACGGGCCCUGGGGCUGGAGGACCCCGCCCGGCUGCGGAGCCGCUACCUGGGAAGAAGAGAAUUUAUCCAAAGAUUAAAACUUGAAGCAACUCUGAAUGUCCAUGAUGGAUGUGUUAAUACAAUCUGUUGGAAUGAGACUGGAGAAUAUAUAUUAUCUGGCUCAGAUGACACCAAGCUAGUAAUUAGUAAUCCUUACAGCAGAAAGGUUUUGACAACAAUUCGCUCAGGGCACCGAGCAAAUAUAUUUAGUGCAAAGUUCUUACCAUGCACAAAUGAUAAACAGAUUGUAUCCUGCUCUGGAGAUGGAGUCAUAUUUUUUACCAAUGUUGAACAAGACGCAGAAACCAACAGGCAAUGCCAAUUUACGUGCCAUUAUGGAACUACCUAUGAGAUUAUGACAGUACCCAAUGACCCGUAUACUUUCCUCUCAUGCGGUGAAGAUGGAACUGUUAGGUGGUUUGAUACACGCAUCAAAACUAGCUGUACGAAAGAAGAUUGCAAAGAUGAUAUUUUAAUUAACUGCCGGCGUGCUGCCACCUCAGUAGCCAUUUGCCCACCAAUACCAUAUUACCUGGCUGUUGGUUGUUCUGAUAGCUCAGUACGAAUAUAUGAUCGGCGAAUGCUGGGCACAAGAGCUACAGGGAAUUAUGCAGGUCGAGGAACCACUGGCAUGGUUGCCCGCUUUAUCCCCUCCCAUCUUAAUAAUAAGUCCUGCCGGGUGACAUCUCUGUGCUACAGUGAAGAUGGUCAAGAGAUUCUUGUUAGUUACUCUUCAGAUUAUAUUUAUCUUUUUGACCCAAAAGAUGAUACUGCACGAGAACUUAAAACUCCGUCUUCAGAAGAGAGAAGAGAAGAGCUGCGUCAGCCCCCAGUGAAGCGCUUGAGACUGCGUGGGGACUGGUCAGAUACCGGACCGAGAGCAAGACCUGAGAGUGAGCGAGAACGAGAUGGUGAGCAAAGUCCCAAUAUAUCAUUGAUGCAGAGAAUGUCUGACAUGUUGUCAAGAUGGUUUGAAGAGGCAAGUGAAGUUGCACAAAGCAAUCGAGGAAGAGGACGGUCUCGGCCCAGAGGUGGAACAGGACAGUCAGAUGUUUCAACUCUUCCUACGGUGCCAUCAAGUGCUGAUUUGGAAGUGGAUGAGGCAGCGAUGGAAGUAGAUGCUUCUGCUGAACAGUUUCUCCCACCAUCUACAUCCUCCACAGCUUCAGCUCAGGUUCAUUCAUCACCACCCUCUGCAGAAAGUCCUCCUUCCACUUCUGCACUCCCUUCUCCAGACAUCGAACAAAGGCAGGCUGUGGAGGCAUCUGGACACCAUGCACAACAUCAGACUGAACGGUUAAGGGGGCCUGAGAUAGCUUUGCUCCGUAAGCGCCUGCAACAACUGAGGCUUAAGAAGGCAGAGCAACAGAGGCAGCAGGAGCUGGCGGGGCAGCCCCAGCAACAGUCUUCCACUUCCCCUCUGGAGAGCUCUUCACAGCACCCUCAGCCUGAAGAUUCUCCUUCUUCUGUGGUUAACAAACAGCUCGGAUCCAUGUCACUUGACGAGCAACAGGAUAACAAUAAUGAAAGGCUGAGCCCCAAACCAGGGACAGGUGAACCAGUUUUAAGUUUGCACUACAGCACAGAAGGAACAACUACAAGCACAAUAAAACUGAACUUUACAGAUGAAUGGAGCAGUACUGCCUCAAGUUCUCGAGGACAUGGAAACCACUGCAAAUCUGAGGAUCAGGCUGAAGCCCUGGUCCCACAGAGCUUGGAACCACUGGUGGAAGGAACUGGUGAAACAAGUGCUCCUGAAGAAUCAUCCGAGGGUGUGGCAACAUAUCAAGAAGGUGUAGCUGCAGAAAUCUCAGUUCAGGACCCUAUAGAUAUAGCACAAUCAGAUCAAUUCACAUCUGAGCUAUUGGGGUCCAGCUCAGGAGAAAGAAAUGAUUUCAAUCUUGAUAGCCCUUGUGGGGUUGCAGAAGAAUCCACUUUGUCUGAAAAAGACAAUGACCCAGCGACUUCAGAACAAAUAAGCACAGAGAGUGCCACUAACCAAAAUAUCACCAACCCUGAGCCUCAGUCACAGACAGAAGCCAUUGGACCCCUGACUCACGAGGAAACAUCAACCAGGGACUCUGCUCUCCAGGACACAGAUGACAGUGAUGAUGAUCCAGUCCUGAUUCCAGGUGCACGUUAUCGGGCAGGUCCUGGUGACAGAUUUAAUGUCAGAGGAACAACAAUAGGUGAUAGAAUAAUGAGACGCUCUGCUGUUGCCCGAAUUCAGGAGUUCUUCAGGCGGAGAAAAGAAAGGAAAGAGAUGGAAGAACUGGAUACUUUGAACAUUAGAAGGCCGCUAGUGAAGAUGGUCUAUAAGGGCCAUCGAAACUCCAGAACAAUGAUAAAAGAAGCCAAUUUCUGGGGUGCUAACUUUGUAAUGAGUGGCUCUGAUUGUGGUCACAUCUUCAUCUGGGAUCGUCAUACUGCGGAGCAUUUGAUGCUUCUGGAAGCUGAUAAUCAUGUGGUCAACUGCCUACAACCACAUCCCUUUGACCCAAUUCUAGCCUCAUCUGGAAUAGAUUAUGACAUAAAGAUCUGGUCACCACUAGAGGAGUCAAGGAUUUUUAAUCGAAAACUUGCUGAUGAAGUUAUAACUCGAAAUGAGCUCAUGUUAGAGGAGACAAGAAACACCAUCACUGUUCCAGCCUCCUUCAUGUUGAGGAUGCUGGCAUCAUUGAAUCACAUCCGAGCUGACCGGCUGGAAGGUGACAGAUCAGAAGGCUCUGGUCAGGAGAAUGAAAAUGAAGAUGAGGAAUAGCUGCCUCUCCCUGGCAAGCACUUAAAUGUUCUGAAAUUUGUACAAAACAUUUAUUAUAUUUUUUUUCCUUUACAGAGCUUUAGUGUAAUUUUAAGCUUAUGGUUUUUGAAGUUUUGCCCCUCUGGGGGGAUAAUAACAUUGGUUUGGAAUGACUGUGCAUGAAUUUGGGAGAGUUUGUAAAACAAAACAAGCAAAAUGUUUAAAAAUUUUGCCAUGUUUGAGGAGUGCUCAAAGACGUAACAUAAAAUUUUACCCUGCCUUGUACUGUGGGGACCUGGAUCCGCUCAUUAUAAUGGAAAUGCUGGUUCGGAUAGAUUUCAAUACUUGCCAUUUGCAUGUUAAUUGCUUUCUAAUUAAAGAAGUUGGUUGUUUUAAGA